GAUGAGGCGGCGGAGCUUCCAGAAGGAGGCAAAGGCACGUCAACGUGACCGGAGGAGUGUUUAGCGUCCACGGGGUUCGUUAUCACGGCUGGGACUAGAGCACAAGAAGCAGAAGAAGCAUCACUCCCGAGACGUCCCCCCAAAAAACAAACCCGGAAGCACGUUAGCAUUCGGUUGCUAACGCGAGCUAGCUGCCUUUUUAACCUUCCGUUACAACUCUACGGGGUGGGGGUGGGGGUGUAGUGUGUGGGGGGGGGGGGUGUUGGGGUGUCAUUGCACUCCCGUGUCUGCACUGUACGUGUGUGCGCGCCCCCGUGGACGGUGUUUUUUUAAACCGAAUAUGCUCCACAAUGAGUCAAAGGGACACCUUGGUUCAUCUGUUCGCCGGAGGAUGUGGGGGCACGGUAGGAGCCAUAUUGACCUGUCCGCUGGAAGUCGUGAAGACCCGUCUGCAGUCGUCCUCCAUCACCCUCUAUGUGUCUGAGGUUCAGCUCAGUACGGUCAACGGGGCCAGUGUGGCCCGCAUGUCCCCGCCGGGCCCCCUGCACUGCCUCAAGUUGAUAUUGGAGAAAGAAGGACCUCGUUCUCUCUUCAGGGGCUUGGGGCCAAACUUGGUGGGCGUGGCACCUUCCAGAGCAAUCUACUUUGCUGCCUACUCCACAGCCAAAGAGAAACUGAACGGUGUGUUGGAACCCGACUCCACACAGGUACACAUGGUGUCGGCAGGAAUGGCAGGUUUUACAGCCAUCACAGCAACCAAUCCAAUAUGGCUCAUUAAGACCCGUCUCCAGCUGGACGCCAGGAACCGAGGCGAGCGGCGGUUGAGCGCGUUCGAGUGCAUGCGGCGGGUCUACCAGACGGAUGGGCUGCGAGGGUUCUACCGGGGAAUGUCGGCAUCCUACGCCGGCAUCUCAGAGACUGUGAUCCACUUUGUGAUCUAUGAAAACAUCAAACGGCGCCUCAUGGAGGCCAAGGCGCCGCAGAACAUGGAGGAGGAGGAGGAGACGUCCAAAGACGCCUCAGACUUUAUCGGGAUGAUGCUCGCCGCUGCCACCUCCAAGACCUGUGCCACAUCUAUCGCCUAUCCUCAUGAAGUGAUCCGCACCCGGCUACGCGAGGAGGGCACCAAGUACAACUCCUUCUUCCAGACUCUAACCACGGUGCCCCGGGAGGAGGGCUACCGGGCCCUGUACCGCGGCCUCACCACCCACCUGGUGCGACAGAUCCCCAACACCGCCAUCAUGAUGUGCACCUACGAGCUGGUGGUCUACCUCCUGAGCGGUUAAAGCCUUCUCCCUCUUUUUUUGUUUUGUUUUUUGUUCCCCCCCCCAUGCGUAAGAGAGUGUAUGUAACCCUGACCCACCACCACCACCAUGUUCGGAGACGAAAGAAGAGAAAGAACGAGAGCCCCGCUCGCCAGAAGAUGACGGACACACCACCGUGACCUUUUUGUCCCAGUGACGAACGCUGUUGUUAAAAAUAAGUUGGGAGUUUUGUUGUGGAACCAAAAGGGUCUGGAACAAGGUGGGGGUGGGGGUGGGGCUUGGAGGAGGAACGCAAUGUUCCUCACGUUGGUUUGGGGACCGGGGUUCAACAGUGGCAAAGAAACAGGUUGCCCUAUUUAUAGUUUUAUUCCAUCCCUUUCUCCCUUCGGUUAUACACGAGGCUCCUGGAGGCUCCGGGUGCUGAAGAUAUUGUUACAAUAUAUUCUGCCUCUAAUAAUACUAAUAAUGAGAAGGACAGUAAUUCCAAUCCUUACUACCUAGUGGAUAUAAACAAAACAAAAAACUUUGCAUUCAUGCAUAAGCAUAACUUUUCAGCAAUAUUAUUAGUAGUAUCAGUAUUCCCUGCAUCCAUCAGAGCACCACUAGAGGACCAGAGUACAAAGAGACAAGUAUCUGACGGGGGGAGGCGCUCUCAAGAUAUUGCUGCUGGUUGAGAUGGGAAGGGUGGAGAUUGGGAGGGGGGGGGGUGAGGCGAAUGGGAGCCGUGCCUCGUGUUUAAAUAGUGACGUAGAUGGUGAUGGUGGUGAUGAUGCACGACGGCUGUAGGAGGAAGAGACGCUGCGGUCGGCGUGCCUCAGGACGGAGAGUCGUACACUGGUAUUUGUGUGGUUACAGGUGAACCUCAUUAGAACCUCGUUAACGUAGACACACUCGCUCAACCGAAAGGCUGCCGGCAUCCCAUAAUACGAACGCACGUACAGCUCGUUACACUAAAUACCCUUUGAGAAAGUCUGUAUUAAUGACGUCGGACCUGUUUGUGGAGAGAUCACUAACAUGGAGGGUAAAAAAAAAAACCCCAAAUAAAACUGAUUACAAUCCACGUUUAAACUGCUGGACUGUAAAUAAACAGGAGGAAGUAUAAACACUGACACCCCCCCCCCCCCCACCCCCAUGUCGUGAAUUCCAAAUAAAUGUGAUUAACAAAUUUUAACAAACGGAUAUAAAAAUUCCUACAUAAACGCAGUUCAUUUCUUCAGAGGAGAGAUUUCCCGGUUCAGACCUUACCUUUUUUUUAACGGCGUUGUUCUUAUAGCGCCUUUUUUUUUUUUUUUUU